AAAAAAAGAACGUGGUUGAAGAGGGGCGAAGGAGAGGUGCGCAGAGGGGGUGCAUUGACCAUUUGACCAGACAAACAACCCACGUCCGGCGUCAUUAUGGACACAAAUAGCGGCUUCGGUCACACCAACGGAUCUUCGCAGCUGCCCCCAGACAGACAACUGUUCUCGUCAGAGGAGGACAGCAGCCUUUACUUCACAUACAGCGGUGACUGCAACCAGCUGGAAGUCAACAACCUGCGCUAUGAGGUGGACACGGCGGCGCAGAUUCCCUGGUAUGAGAGGCUGUCAGAGUUCAAGAUGCCGUGGGAGAUUAAAGGCAACAAGCAGACGGCCAUCGACAAACUGAGCCUGCGCGUCCGCAGCGGGCAGAUGUUGGCUAUCAUCGGAAGCUCUGGAUGCGGUAAAACGUCGCUGCUGGACAUCAUCACAUGCCGUGACGAAGGCGGCAGCGUGACCUCCGGCCAGAUUCUGAUCAACGGUCGGCCCAACACAGCCCAGCUGGUGAAGAAGAGCAUCGCACACGUGCGCCAGGACGACCGUCUUCUUCCUCACCUCACCGUGCGCGAGACGCUCGCCUUUGUGGCCAAACUCAGGCUGCCCACGCACUUCACACAAGCCCAGCGGGACCAGAGGGUGGACGACGUUAUCGCAGAACUGCGACUAAGACAGUGCGCGCACACCAGGGUAGGAAAUGACUAUGUGAGGGGGGUUUCUGGAGGAGAGCGGAGGCGGGUGAGCAUCGCGGUCCAACUCCUCUGGAACCCAGGUAUUUUGAUCCUGGACGAGCCCACGUCGGGUCUGGACAGCUUCACGGCACACAAUCUUGUCAUCACGCUGUCCCGCUUGGCCCGGGGGAAUCGUCUGGUUCUCCUGUCUGUCCACCAGCCUCGCUCCGACAUCUUCCAGCUUUUCGACCUGGUAGUCUUGCUGUCAUCGGGUUCGGCCGUAUACUGCGGUGCCGCCCGAGACAUGGUGCCGUACUUCACGGCACUGGGCCACCCGUGCCCGCGGUACUGCAACCCAUCUGACUUCUAUGUGGACCUGAUCAGUAUAGACCGUCGUAGCCCAGAGCAAGAGGCUAAGUGUAGGGAGCGAUCCCAGGUGUUGGCUGAGCAGUUUUCGGAAAAGGUCCGUGACACCGACGACCACAUGUGGAAAAGCAGCACGGCCCUGACGCCCUCUGACAGCAACUCCCUGCAGUCCGAUAAGGCAGAAGGAGACAAAGUCAUCGUCAUCUCCAAGGAGAGAGACAGACUACCAGGCCGAAUACAGCAGUUUGCAAUCCUCAUAAGGUCAGCCUAUCAAAAAAGAAAAUUAAAAAAAAAAAAAAAAAAAAUUGAGCACAUCCCGUACCCAACCAUGUGCUCCUCCGCCAGGCGGCACAUGUACAACGACUACCGAGACCUUGUCACCCUGUUGGUCCACGGCUUCGAGGCGCUACUCAUGUCCCUGCUGGUGGGCUGCCUGUACUAUGGUGCUGGAGAGCAGCCUCUUUCCAUUCAGGACACGGUGGCCUUGCUCUACAUGAUAGGAGCGCUCACUCCCUUCGCUGUGGUGCUGGACGUCAUAGCCAAAUGUCACGGAGAGAGAGCCAUGCUCUACCAUGAGCUGGAAGAUGGCAUGUACUCAGUCACCUCCUACUUCUUUGCCAAGGUGUUGGGAGAGUUACCUGAGCACUGCGUGUUCACCUUGGUGUACGCUCUGCCCAUCUACUGGCUGGCGGGCUUGAACGAGGCUCCGGAUCACUUCCUGCUCAACUUUCUGCUGGUGUGGCUGAUGGUGUACUGCAGCCGAGCCAUGGCGCUCUUCGUGGCCGCCGCGCUGCCCACCCUGCAGACCUCCGCCUUCAUGGGCAACUCACUCUUCACCAUCUUCUACCUGACCGGAGGCUUCGUCAUCAGUGUCGAGAACAUGUGGCUGGUGGCGUCGUGGCUCUCCCACGCUUCUUUCAUGCGUUGGGGCUUUGAGGGACUUCUUCUGGUGCAGUUCAGAGGGAAUAAAUACUCCCUCACCAUUGGCAACUUCACCCUGCAAGUGGAUGGAAUAUAUGUGGUGGAGGCCAUGAACAUGAACCAGUAUCCUCUGUACUCGUGCUACCUGGUGCUGCUGGCCGUGUGCUUGGUCUUCAUGGCGCUCUACUACAUCUGCUUGAAAUUCAUCAAGCAGAAGUCGAGUCAGGACUGGUGAUCCACGUCAGCGACAUCAUCAUAGCUAUGAAGAUUCCAAGUUCGACCGGGUCAACGCCAAACAAUCUGGAGAAAGUGAACAAAUUAUCAGCAAUUGAAAUAAUAAUAAUAAAUUA